AUGGCAACCCAGCAGCACCAUGUCACUGACUCGGCAAACGUUAGGCCUUUAUCGGCCAGCGUUGUUGAGAGUAUCGAUGUUGCCGACAAAACACUUCAGCAAGUUCCCCAGGAAGAACAUGGGAAGAAGGCGGAGUACACAUUCUGGACAGCUUGGAUGUAUAUUUUUGACUGGUAUCCAUCUCACUAUCCGCCGGAAGAACGUAAGCUCUUGAGAAAGCUUGAUGCGUGCAUGUUGACAUUUUGUUCGCUGUUGUUCUUUUUGAAAUAUCUUGAUUCGUCAAAUAUUAUUAAUGCGUACAACUCGGGUAUGAAAGAAGACCUCAAUCUUAAGGCAAACGAAUACUCAUUCUUCCAUACAUUUUAUACCAUGGGUUAUUUGAUCUUCCAAGUCCCGGCGUUGAUGAUACUUUCUCGGCCAAAGAUCUCACGUUGGUUUGUGCCCUCAUGUGAGCUUGCAUGGGGUGUUGUUACUUUUUGUCAAAGCCGUGUAAACACCGCUCCUCACAUCUAUGGGACUCGAUUUCUGCUCGGGGCCCUUGAAAGCCCUUCAUUUUCUGGAACCAACUUUAUCCUUGGAUCAUGGUACCGCAGUGAUGAGCUUUUCAAACGUGCUGGUGUCUGGUAUGUCUCAAACAACCUAGGUCAAAUGUUCUCCGGAUUCCUCCAGGGGGCAGCAUAUAAAAAUUUGGCCGGAGUUGGAGGAAUGCCCGGAUGGAGAUGGCUAUUUAUCAUUGACGGGAUCAUUACGGUCCCCAUUGCCAUCGCUGGAUAUUGGUUAUACCCCGGUCUUCCGACUUCCGGAAAGCCUUGGUUCUUUACCCCACGGGAGUACGAGAUCGCUAUCAGCCGUAUGGAGAGAGAGGGCGUUGCUGCCAGUGGAAAGAUUAACAAGAGGAUGAUCAAGAGAAUACUUUCGAAAUGGCACUUUUGGCUGGUGGUCCCUGCAUACAUCUUCUUCUUGAGCUCCUCGUACCCGAAUGGCCAGAUGGGCCUUUGGCUUAAGGAUAUGACUAACAAGCACGGAACCUACACGGUUCCUCAAAUCAACUACAUUCCAACUGGUGCCGCAGCUGUUUCGGUUGUGUCUGCAAUUAUUUGCAGUUCUUUGUGCUUGCUCUAUCCGAUAUGGGCUGUCUUUAGUGUGGUCCAGGGAAUCACACUGUUUGGAUUGAUCUCACUUCUUGUCUGGGAUAUUCCGUAUGACCACAAGUUUGUUUCUUAUUACCUCCUCGGAUUCACCGCGGCAGUCAGUCCAAUUCUCUUCUCAUGGGUCAACGUAAUUUUGAAAGAUGACGCAGAAGCACGUGCCUUUACGAUAGGGUGCAUGAUGACUCUAGCAUGGGCAAUCUAUGCCUGGAUCCCACUAGUAGCGUUUCCCGCUGUGGACGCACCAAAAUGGCGAACGGGAUAUAUCCUGGCGGUUGUGUUUUCACUAUUGACCUGGGCCUUGAUGAUGCUGGGUCAAUGGCUCCACCGACGUGAGCAGCGGAUGGUAGCUCGGCAACAUAUCGCUGAUGACGAGAAGCCCAAUGUGGAGUAUCAGGAGGAUAGAAUGACUAAAAAGAUCUGA